AUGAUGUUUUCGCCGCCCUCAUCGCCAUCCGUGCUGGCAAGCACGUCACGGCACGACAUCCUCCAACCACACCAGUGGGCUAAACAGAAAUCACUUCAACUCUUUCUCGGUCAUCAGUCGGAUGAAGAGGCUGCUUCGGAUUGCAACUUUGAUUUUCAUAACGACGCUCAGGAUGAUACAGACAGCGAUAGCGAUAGUGACAGCUCGGUGCUGGGAAGAGCAAGUGGCUCGAGGGGCAGACAGAGUCUUCAGCCAGGGCGGAUCAGUGGUACACGGCCGAGGUUCAGCGCUAUCGGAAGUCCUGUCAGGAGAGCCGUAUCAGAUCGUAUUCGUGACGAAGCACCUGCGUCCGGGGACCAAGCCAGGAGACCACGGCUGGGAGCGAGUCCCAAGAAAGCAUCCACCUUUGCAACAGCAGCUACGACAAAGCAACAAGCUGCUGCAGCUGCAGCGAUACCGACCACACCGACAAAACGUCAGAAGGGCUUCCUCAUACGUGGCAACGUCACCCCUUCGCGUGCGUUCAGUAUCUUUAAAGCUGCCAAACAACGCAGUCAGCAACGUCAGGAACAUGGUCUCAUGACCCCACCCACAUCAUCACCCCUUCGACCCAUCAUCUUGGACAGCUUCGAGGAUGACUUUGCUGGCGUCGUGCAAGAGAGCCCAUCUCGCCUCCGUGCGAGACCUUCUCCUGCCUCUCUCAGUCCUUCGAAACGAUACCAUACCCUGACAUCGAGUAGCCAGAAGCGCUCAGCAUAUACCUCAUCCACAUCACGGUUCUCGUCACACCACACUUUCGAUCCUCCAUCAUCUGCAUUUGGAGGAGGCCGGAACAGCCACCUUUCUCUUCCUCACGUUUUGCAGAACCUUCGCAUCAGACGGUCUCUACACAGCAGCCGGUCCUCAUCUGCAGCAUACAGCCACCUAAUCAAUACCACCUCCUUUCUCGAAACCUUCGUCUCACCAUCCUCUUGCAUGACCCGAAUUCCCCGUAGCUGCGACGAUGACAUUCUCUCACACCCUAUCUCAGCCGCCUACAGCUACUCUUCUCGCUCUGUCAACCCAUCUGCCCAGUGGCUCGCCGUUGGAGACGAUGAAGGACGGAUCACACUCCUCGACACUCUCCCUUGGCAAGAUGAAACCGCAAAAGCACCCUCAGCCAAUCCGCAAUGGCAAGCUUCGUCAUCGUCAGCGAUCUUCGAGGUUGUAUGGAGGUUUGACGACCGCAGCAUUCUGUCAGGAUCGAGCGAUUUCGGGGUUAGGAGUUGGGAUACAGAGUAUCAGAAAUGCACGGGCAGCUUUGAAGGGCACAAUGGAAGUCCGAGGACGAUUGUCUUUGAUCCGACGACGAACGGCGAUGGAGGUUGUGGGAUGGUCUUUGCUAGUGCCGGGAGGGAUGGGAGUGUGAGGAUUUGGGAUGCCAGAGUGGGUGCGAGUGGGCAGAGCGAGGACGGAUACGGGGUGAUGAGGCCUGUGUUGACGAUCAAUGCUGCGCAUAAUUCGAUCGCACCCCGAGCUCCAGUAGGAUUGAAGGGUCGCAAGCAACUCCGAAAUGGCACUGCAACGGCAGGUGGAAGAGGGAGAAAGAAAGCGCAACAGCCUUUGCCAGCCGGCGUUACAGCCCUCUCCUACCUGCCAGACGGCGAGGGACACAAAUUGCUCAGCGGUGGAUCAGCAAACGGUAUCAUCAAGUGUUGGGAUCUUCGUCACGUCCGCAACUCCCAAUCUAGCGAUCCAGUCUCUCAGAUCGACCCACAAAGCAUCAUAGCCACCUGGGAAACACCCGAUCUCUCCCUCCUCACCCCAUCGUCCACGACUGGACUGGGCAGCUUCAAACGAGCCCAUGGAGUAUCACAGAUCCUUUCCUCCUACACCUCCCUUUACGCAUCUUGCACCGGUGGAAAGAUCUACUCCCUCCCCCUGUCCACCUUUUUGGACUCGCAUCUCACACCGUCCGAGGUGCAGACACUGUACGACCCAGUUCAAUGCCAAAACACGCUCUUUUCGCGUAUGGCGCUCUUCGAUGAUCGAUUUCUCGCUGUCGGGUGCAAUACUGGUAAUAUUGCGCUUUGGGAUGUCACUAGUCGACGAGAGCACGCAAGGAGGCAGCAGAGCGGAGAUGAAGCGGAGAGAGACACGGAGGAAGAGAGAAGAGUGGCGGCGGGGUUGGAGAUGGGUUUCGCGAGUCGGAGUCGGGAGAAUAGGAUGGCGGUGUUGAUGGAAGGUCAUGUGAAGAACACAGAGGUGAAUGCGGUGGCUUGGGCGAACGGGCCGAAUGGCCCGACGUUAAGUUCGGUUGGUGAUGAUACCAAGGUGAGGAGUUGGUAUGCGGAUCGCGCGGUGAGGGAGGAGUUGGGCAGAGCUGCUGAGGAGUGA